UUAUUCAAAACACUCGAACGGUUUAGUUUGUGAUGGCAAAUGUGCCUGUAAAGCCACUUGACGCAUCUCAAGAUAUAACGCACAGGAAAUCCGAACAACUACUGCCUUAAAAACAAAAGAAAUCGAAUUGUUUGCAGAACGAGUAGCUCUAGCUAGCGAGUCAAUUGUAUAGUGGAACUUACCAAACUCAUCGUCCCAUGCGGCUCUUCACUCUUGUUACCAUCUUUGUGGCUGUGGCUGGUGUUUCUUCCAACGCUUCUGAUGGCAAAGCUAUCGAAAAAUACAAAAUCAGUUUAAACAGUCACGAUGCCACAUCUGCUUUAAAUGUCGGGUUCAAUAUGGAAAGGCCGCAAAUCUUACCGGCAGCAGAUGGCAGCACUAGAAUUAGUAAGACGUCUUCGGGUUGCGGAGUAGCUAAAAGCAAUCGGAUAUCGGCCGGCUUGGAAAAUAACAGGAUUACUGGAGGAGAACAGGCAAUAGCCAACGAGUUCCCCUGGCAAGCCUUCCUCCAGGUAGAGAUGAAAGGAGGCAAUGCAUACGCCUGCGGAGGUAGUUUGAUUUCCAAUAAAUGGAUCCUCACAGCUGCACGUUGUCUCGUCGUACCAGGACAAACGGUUAAUUACGUUGACAUUUACCUGGGCAAACACGACCGUACGGUGUCAGAAGACAACCAGAAGUUAUACUCGAGCAGUGAGAAUUUCGUUCACCCUGACUGGAAUCCUACUACGCAGGUUGGAGACAUUGCUCUAAUUAAACUGAAAUCCUCCGUCAAACUCUCACAAUAUAUCAGCCCCGUUUGCUUGGCGAGUUCGAGCGAACCGGAUUACGUCAAUAGUCCCGUCACUGUUACCGGAUGGGGUAUCACUUAUGAUGGCCGUCCUACCAUGAGCCCUGUACUUCACAAGAUGACAGUUCCAGUUAUUUCUAAUGGCGAAUGCAGUCUCACUUAUGGCAGCAACAUUACAGACGCAAUUAUCUGCACUAGUGGGGCCAAUAGCAGUGGAACUUGCAUAGGUGACAGUGGCGGCCCCAUGAAUUUCCAACAGCCGGAUGGGACGUGGAAGCAGAUUGGAAUCAUCUCUUUUGGAUCGGAUCAAGGCUGCCAGAAAGGUCAUCCCAGCGGAUAUACGAGGAUUAGCUCUUACUCGUCUUGGAUUGAAGAAACCAUUAAUUCAUCAAAUUCUGCCGGUAUUCCAAUGUUUUCCGUUUUAUCGCUGUUUCUGUUUUUCGUGAAUUUCGAAAUCAGCUAUCAGAUAUAAAUAGAUUUAAAAUUAUGAUUGUUAAAAAUUCAUGUUGUCUAAUAACUUGAGUGCCCUCAGUUAGUUGUCCUUAAUACUUAUGCUCUUAAGAUUUACCAGUAAUACAGCAGACUCAGCAAAUUGA